GUUUGCACGACUAAAACCAAUGUGAUAAAUCUCGACACUGCAACUACUGGCGCUACAUGUCACACGCAGUGUUGACGCACACGUAAUUAUAACGAAAUUGUAUACGACAUGUAACACCGAUAGUCGCACCAGCGGAAACUAUUGAAUCGGUUUUAUGUUGUUCACGUAAAUGUGGAUUGCGGGGGUUGCUGGAUCGGUUUUAAAUCGUCAUGCGGUAAACGUAGUUAGUGUCUCGUGGAGGUUCGAUUGUGCGUCAAAUUCGCGGGAAAAUUCUAUUUGCGACAAUGGCGACAACUCAUCACCACCGAUCUCGAGUGGUCCGAUAUCGAAUAAACAAGCUUCAUUUCGGGCGUUUCGAUAUUACAGGCGAGUACAGCUUCAACAAGUUGCACACGUCCGGUUUAGCGAAACUGAGGCGUUAUGGGUUCUUGGUUAAAGAGGAAAUAGUACCCGGCGUGCCAACAAUCUGGGUGUUCCGGCCGGAAGACAUCGCGACUAUCUUUCAGGCCGAAGUGGGCCGAUACCCCGAGAGAAGGUCACACUUGGCUCUUUAUAAAUAUCGGAAAGACCGAAGUGACAUGUACAACACCGGCGGGCUUCUACCCACAAACGGCAUAGACUGGUGGAGGCUGCGUAAGGAAUUUCAAAAAAUUCUCAGCAAACCCCGCAGCGUGACCGAAUAUCUGGAGGAUACCGACGUCGUGAUUCAAGAAUUCGUAAAGUUCUGCCAGCAGCACCGGGAGGAUCAGACCGACGAUCUUCUGCCGUUUCUUUCUCGUCUCUUUCUCGAAUUGACCUGUCUCAUUCUCUUCGACGUAAGAAUGAAUAGUUUUUCUGAGACGGAGAGACAUCUCAAUUCGAGAAGUUCAAGGCUUAUCGAUGCGGCCUUUGAAACAAACAGUGUUAUUCUAAGAUUAGAUAACGGUCUGAGACUUUGGCGAUUUUGGGAGACACCAUUAUACAAGAAGUUAUGCAAAUCGCAGAAUUACAUGGAAGAGGUAACGCUGCAAAUAUUGUCGCAGAGAAGUCAGAAUACGUCGACACACCGCAAAAUGUCUCUCCUCGAAGAAUACUUGCAAAACGAGACGUUAGAUCUCAAAGAUGUUGUUGGUAUGUCGUGCGAUCUGUUGCUCGCCGGUAUAGAUACUACGACGUACACCACAUCGUUUGCUCUAUACCAUCUUGCGAGCAAUCCCCAUUUGCAAGAUAAGCUAAGACGCGAGGCUACGGCUUUGCUGGCGGCUCCCGACUCGCCGAUAACGCCGGAGAUCUUGAACAACGCCACGUACACGAAAGCCGUGAUCAAGGAAACGUUUCGCUUGAAUCCCGUUGCCAUCGGGAUUGGCCGUAUCCUGCACGUCGACGUGGUUCUCAACGGAUAUCACGUGCCCCGAGGCACUGUGGUCGUGACGCAAAACCAGGUGACAUGCCGACUACCGGGAUACUUCAGUGAGCCGAACUCCUUCGUGCCGGAACGGUGGCUGCGAUCGAAAGACGGAACGAUGAAAGAGAGCGUGCACCCGUAUCUGAUGUUGCCGUUUGGCCACGGGACGCGAUCUUGCAUUGCGAGACGCUUCGCGGAGCAAACCGUUCAAGUUUUCCUACUUCGAAUUUGCAGGAACCUACGUUUCACUUGGCACGGCGGCACCCUCGACGCGAGGACCUUUUUGAUCAACAAACCAGACGCACCCAUCAACGUGAAAUUCGAGAGCGUGAGCGCAUAGGAGAGAUCGAG